ACCCCGAAUUCCUUCUUCACAGUUUGGGUGUACCCUUUAUGGCUUACAGUCUUGGCACAAACGAUAGGAGCAUUUAGGUAAUUUCACACUUCGACUCUGUUCAUUUUUCUCACACACAUCAAAACCAAAUCCACUUGAAACCCCCACUCCAUAAUCAUUCCCAAAAUAAUUUUCACAAACACACCUUUUCCCCGCCAUUCACUUCCCGUUUAUCUUCCAAAUCUAUCCCUCUAGGGCUCACACUCCAUUCCAUUUUUAUCUUCCAAUUUCUUUCCUACGAACCCUAAUUCCUCCCAAUUAGCCCCCAGAUUUCCACGAUUUUACUCCUCAUGCCCUUCCCGUAAUCAAUCCAUGACUUUUCCACCACCUUCCGGCGCCACCGCCGCGGCGGCGGCCUCCUCCGGCCACCGUGGCAUCGGCUUGUCCAACACCGUCCACUCCGAACUCGCCUCGUGCUUGCCGCUGCCGUCGCUUCCGGUCUUCUGCGGCGCCUCCGAUCAGGACCUCCGCCUCUUUGACUCGCCGAUGCUGUUGAACCGCGUCGACGUGCUCGCUCAGUCCAGCAAGAUCGCCGAACUACUCCGCCACACCGACGUGUCGUACCUGAAUUUAAGAGAUGAUGCCAAAGGCAUUCCAUAUAUAUAUGUUGAGCCGUUAGAACUCCAUGAUGAAGUUCUCAGGUGCAAUCCUGAAGCAUUUGAAUACAGCUCUGCAGGUCCUGUCAAGGAGCAGAUCUCUAAUAGUGCAUUACCUGAAAAGAGGCUAUCUGAAUCAAGUUUUCCUGUCCCAAGUCAGACUCAAAAAGACUAUAAUGCAACCCAUAGUCGCCAGCUUGAUAAUUUUUCAACAAAUGAUAUUUCUACAUUAUCUUCAAAAAAGUCAAAAGUAAAAAAGAAAGUUGGUGAUGUAAUAUCUAUAGCACAGGAUCCUGGUGAGCUUCAAGAUGCCAACAUUGGAAGGUUUCGUGAGUUUUUGGAGGACUUAUGCAACAAGUCUGAAUUUAAUAGUGAUGAUCGAGACGAAGCUGAAUGGCUGCCAUUGCCUCUUUCAGAUCUUAGAUUACUUGUUAGUGAAAUAGCAUCUAUACGUGAAAAAAAAAUUCUGCAUUUGGUUCCUGUAGAAGCCCUUGUUAGACUGUUAAAAGUUCUAGAUCAUCAGAUUCAUAGAGCAGAAGGCCUGUCAAUCGAAGAAUGUGAUAAUUCAGAUUCAGAGCUAGUUUCAUCUGUUUUAAUUGCAUUGGAGUCCAUUCAUGCUGCACUAGCAGUCAUGGCUCAUACUGAUAUGCCAAAGCAACUUUAUAAUGAAGAGAUCAUUGAGAGAAUUCUGGAAUUUUCCCGGCAUCAGAUAAUGGAUGUAAUGUGUGCAAGUGAUCCGUCAUACCGUGCAUUACAUAGACCUGGUGAAAACACUGCAUUUGAAGUUGAUGAUUGUGAAGAAUAUGAUGCUGAAUUUGGUUCAGCAAGCAAGAAAAGGCGUACUAGCAAGACUUCAAAAUUGAAGAAAUCAGCAUCAAGCAGGGUCUCAACUGCUGUGAAUACUAUUAUUCAGAAGUUGUGCACUGUUCUUGGACUACUCAAGGAUUUGUUGUUAAUUGAGAAGUUAUCAGACAGUUGCAUUCUACAACUUGUAAAAACAAGCAUUACGACAUUUUUGGUUGAUAAUAUCCAGCUUUUGCAAUUGAAGGCAAUUAGUUUAGUCAGCGCGAUAUUCUAUUUAUACACGCAACAUCGCACUUAUGUGAUAGAUGAAAUGGUUCAGCUUCUUUGGAAAUUGCCGUGUUCAAAGCGAGCUUUAAGAUCUUAUCAUGUACGUGACGAAGAGCAAAGGCAGAUCCAAAUGGUUACCGCUUUGCUUAUUCAGUUGAUUCAUUGUAGUGCUAACCUUCCUGAUGCUUUAAGAAAAGCAUCUUGCGGUAAUGCUGUACUAGAAGUCUCGGUUGAUGCUAGUUAUCCAUCUAAAUGCCAUGAGGCAGCAACAGAAGCCUGCUGUCUAUUCUGGAGCCGUGUACUUCAGCGGUUUGCGAGUGUGAAGACUCAGGAUGCUUCUGAGCUGAAGUCCAUAAUGGAGAAUCUUGUUACAGAUUUACUGACAACUCUAAAUUUACCUGAAUAUCCUGCUUCCGCACCUAUUCUAGAGGUUCUCUGUGUAUUGCUACUUCAGAAUGCCGGGCUGAAAUCUAAGGAUGUCUCUGCACGUUCCAUGGCUAUUGAUAUUCUUGGUACAAUUGCUGCAAGGUUGAAGCGUGAUGCUGUAAUUUGUGGCCGAGAAAAGUUCUGGAUACUUCAGGAUUUACUUAGUCAGGAUGCUGAUACUCAACACCAUCCAAAAGAUACAUGUUGUGUCUGUUUGAGGGGAAAGGUAGAAAACUUGUUCAUAUGUCAUGGCUGCCAGAGGCUUUUUCAUGCUGAUUGCCUAGGCAUUAAAGAUCAUGAAGCUUCUAGUCGAAACUGGUUCUGCCACAUAUGCAUCUGUCAGAAGCAACUGCUUGUAUUACAAUCAUAUUGCAAUUCCCAGCGGAAGGAUGAUGUGAAAAAGAAUCACAACACGUCAAAAGAUUCUGAAGUUUCUGAGCAUGAGAUUAUUCAACAGUUGCUUUUGAAUUACCUACAAGAUGUCACCUCUGCUGAUGACCUGCAUCUUUUUGUUUGCUGGUUUUAUCUCUGCCUGUGGUACAAAGAUGAUUCGAAUUGUCAGCAGAAGUCCAUUUACUACCUUGCUAGAAUGAAGUCAAGAAUCAUAGUACGAGAUUCUGGUACUGUGUCUUCUAUGUUAACUAGGGAUUCAAGCAAGAAGAUUACUUUAGCUUUGGGACAAAAAAGUUCAUUUUGCCGAGGGUUUGAUAAGAUUCUUCACAUGCUUCUGGCAAGUUUGAGGGAGAAUUCUCCGGUUAUUAGGGCUAAGGCCUUGCGAGCAGUUAGUAUCAUUGUAGAGGCUGAUCCAGAGGUAUUGGGUGAUAAGCGAGUACAAUCAGCUGUUGAAGGAAGGUUUUGUGAUUCUGCUAUAUCUGUUAGAGAAGCAGCAUUGGAACUUGUUGGUAGGCAUAUUGCUUCCCAUCCAGAUGUGGGUUUUAAGUAUUUUGAGAAGAUUGCAGAGAGAAUCAAAGAUACUGGAGUAAGUGUUCGAAAGCGAGCUAUAAAAAUCAUUCGAGAUAUGUGCAGUUCAAAUGCCAACUUCUCUGGGUUUACGAGAGCUUGCACAGAGAUAAUUUCACGUGUUAGUGAUGAUGAAGCAAGUAUCCAGGACCUUGUUUGCAAAACUUUUUAUGAGUUCUGGUUUGAGGAGCCUCCUUCACAAACUCAGGUCUUUGGAGAUGGCAGUACUGUUCCACUUGAGAUAGCUAAGAAAACAGAGCAGAUUGUUGAAAUGCUGAGAAGAAUGCCCAAUAAUCAACUUCUUGUAACUGUAAUAAAGCGCAACUUGUCACUUGAUUUUUUGCCACAAUCUGCAAAAGCCAUUGGGGUCAAUCCAGUGUCCCUUGCAACAGUCCGUAAGCGUUGUGAGUUGAUGUGCAAAUGCUUGCUAGAGAAGAUAUUGCAGGUUGAGGAAACGAACAGUGAUGAAGUGGAGGUACGUGCACUUCCAUAUGUGUUAGUCUUGCAUGCAUUUUGUCUUGUGGACCCAACACUCUGCGCACCAACUUCAAACCCUUCCCAUUUUGUUGUUACUUUGCAGCCAUAUCUGAAGACUCAGGUUGACAAUCGCAUGGUUGCACAACUACUUGAGAGUAUAAUUUUUAUAAUUGAUGCUGUGUUGCCCCUGCUCCGAAAGUUACCUUCAAGUAUUGUUGAGGAACUUGAGCAAGAUUUGAAACAGAUGAUUGUCCGGCAUUCUUUCUUGACAGUUGUCCAUGCAUGUAUCAAGUGCCUCUGCUCUGUGAGUAAGAUGGCAGGAAAAGGGGCUGCUGUAGUUGAACACCUUAUUCAGGUCUUCUUCAGAUGUUUGGAUAUCCAGGCAGAUAACAAGCAGCAGGUUGGGCGAUCUCUCUUCUGUCUUGGGUCGCUCAUUCGGUAUGGCAAUCGUCUAUUAGCAAGCUCCAGUAAUAGGCUUAUUGAUGUCAGAAGGAGUCUCAGUUUGUUUACAAGGUAUCUUUCUGCGGAUGAUUUUGUCGUCAAGGUUAGAUCGUUGCAGGCACUUGGAUUUGUUCUAAUUGCUAGGCCUGAAUACAUGUUGGAAAAUGAUAUUGGAAGAAUACUGGAGGGAACAUUAUCCUCAACUGCUGACACUCGCCUUAAGAUUCAAGCAUUGCAAAACAUGUUUGAGUAUCUUUUAGAUGCUGAAGCCCAAAUGGGAAUGGAUAAAGCUGAUGAAAAUGUUGCUGAUUGCUCAAUUGGGGCUGGGCAAACAGUACCUGUUGCUGCUGGUGCUGGGGAUACAAACAUAUGCGGGGGUAUAGUUCAAUUGUAUUGGGAUAAUAUUUUGGGCAGAUGUUUGGAUUUCAGUGAACAAGUUCGUCAAUCAGCCCUGAAGAUUGUUGAAGUUGUACUGCGCCAAGGUCUUGUUCAUCCAAUCACCUGCGUUCCAUACCUCAUAGCACUUGAAACAGAUCCUCUGGAGUCAAAUUCAAAGUUGGCUCAUCAUCUUCUGAUGAAUAUGAAUGAAAAGUACCCUGCAUUUUUUGAAAGCCGCUUGGGUGAUGGACUUCAAAUGUCGUUUAUGUUUAUACAAUCUAUUUCCAGUAAUUCAGAAAAUGUUGACCAUAAGAUCCAAUGUAAGACCCCUGUUUCUGGAAAAGGGAAACCUGAGGCUGGCUCACUUGCUCAAGCAAGACUUGGGGUUUCUCGAAUAUACAAGCUCAUCAGAGGGAACCGGAUAUCAAGGAACAAAUUUAUGUCCUCGAUUGUGCGGAAAUUUGAUAAUCCAUGCUGGACUAAAUUAGUAAUAGCUUUCUUGACAUACUGCACAGAAGUCCUUGCAUUGCUGCCAUUCAUUUCACCUGAUGAGCCCCUCUAUUUAAUCUUUGCUAUCAAUCGAAUAGUUCAAGUGAGGGCUGGUCCACUAGAAGCAAACUUCAAAGCCUGGACUUCAAAAAUUUUAAGAAGUGAGGGUCAUUGUGCACCUUACAGCAACGGAAUGUGCCAACAGGGGCUAGAUGAACCUACUCAUACAACCCAAGUGAUGUCAAUGGACUUGAAUGGGACAUUUCGGCAAAAUUUAGAUGCUCAGCCCAAUUUGAGUGACAUGGGAUCUCUGGAUUUAAAUGGAACAAAUCAUCAACAGCCAGAAUAUCCUUUAUCAUAUAAUGGUAGCUCAGAAGCAAAGCUGCAUGCUGCAGGAUUCACAAAUUCUUUGUCCUUCUCCAACGAUGAUCUGGAGAAAGUUCAGGCUGACUGUUUAUCGGCAAUUGCAUUGCAGCUUCUUUUAAAGCUUAAGAGACACCUAAAAAUCAUGUAUAGUCUCAAUGAUGCCCGUUGUCAGGCUUAUUCUCCUAAUGAACAACCAAAACCUGGAGAGGUUAUCUCCAGACAGAAUAUUGGUUUUAAUAUUGGUGAAUCACAGUUCAGUUUGCCUACAUGUCCGCAAGAAUUGAUACAAAGAUAUCAGGAAUUUAAGAAUGCAUUGAGGGAAGACACUGUGGAUUAUUCACUUUACACUGCAAAUAUAAAACGAAAACGACCUACAACCAGAAAAGUUCGGAAAUCUGGACACAUGGCAGGUGGGGAUUUAGAGGAGGACGAUGAUGAUGAGGAUUGGGCUGGUGGAAGUGCGAUGCGCAAGUUGAAUAGUAGUGGCCGCAGGGGUAACCUUAGAAGCUCUAGGCAAUAUUGAUUGAUGUAAGUACAUGAUAGAUAGGCUAACUUGUACAUUAAAUAGGCAGAAAAAAAAAUACAGAAUAGGACGAGAGCCAAUAGAAUAGGAUUUAAGGAAACAGAAUGUAGGAAAGCACGGGCCUGGAAUUCUCCUUGCCUUCUUAGAUGACCAUGAUUUUUGUCUGUUUCCUUUUGUAAUUUGCAUCAUAAUAUAGUGGCUGCAUUCUUUUGUUUAAAACUGUCUUAGCCAUCCAAAUAUCAAAUUUUGUUGUUUUCUUUUUGGCUUUGCUUCCAUAGCACCGAACUCGUUGUCUAUAUAAUAAAGCUUGGUUCUUGGAAAAUAACCGAU